UUCUUUUGAACUCUUUAUUAUUGAAUAUUAACGAUAGAGCCAUGGAACCUAGUAGCUUAAACGACGACGUUGAAUUCUCGCUUCCUCAAGAGUUCCUCACUGACGAUGACUUUCUCCUUGAAAAGGAGAACAAAUUUUUCAAGGGUGAUGAGUGCAACUUGUCCCCUUACGAGCUGAGUCAUAGCUUCGGGUCGGACUCCGGUUUUGGUACAACCGGGUUGACCAGAAAAAUGGCUCAGUCAUCUCUGGAAGAUGAUUUCUACAAUGGAUUUUGCAGUAACCACGCUUUUCCGACCGACAAGCCGUGGGGAGUGACUCGAUCAAGUCUCUGUGGGGCCGGAGAUGGUUAUGGUCAUAAUCGUCAGACGCGAGUUUCUUCUCAGGCAGGGGCAAUGGAUCUUUAUUGCGCAGCGGUGGAGAAACUGGCGACGAUGAAUAUCAGCGACGGUUACAACACUAGCAGAGGAAAUAACGAUCUUCCAAGAAAACAUACCCUCUCCGCCGCGGUCAAAAACCCUAACGACGGGGCUGGCUACUACAGUCGUCAAUCUCUUCAAUACCAGAAGCUACAAGCUCUCAGAUUUCAGCUGAUGCAGCAGCAAAACAGAGGAUUAAAAGCUAAUAACAACAAAAGUGCUGGUCAUGUAAAUUUUUCGCCACCUGCAUGGUCUAAUCAGCGACAGAGGCGUGAUGGUUCGGGCAUGCGUGCUGUUUUUCUGGAUGACCGCACCGGAAAGCAGCGUAAAUCAACCGGGACCGGCGUUUUCUUGCCUCGUCGCGCUAACCAUACAGACGAAACUGGCGAGACGCCCACACUUGCGACUGUUUUGGUUCCGGCUAGAGUUGCAGAGGUCCUUAACCUAGACGAAUCUGUGGUCCAGCAGCCUAUGAUCCGGUCUUCUGCUAGUCUCUAUGAGGCGUCGUGGAGACAAAAGAGCGGGUUCUCGAGCCAGAUGAAGAUGGAGCAGGGAGUGAAUGAGCCUAGUUUACCAUCGGACUGGGCUUACUGAUCGACUUGGGUUCCCGUAAAACUUUUGGGUGUUUGUUAGGAAAAGGUUUAAAUAACUUAAAAGGAUGAAUAAGAUUUGGAUUUGAUGACAUAGGGUAGUGAAAGGGUUUUAUUAAUAGAUAGUGGGAGAUUUGGAGUAAGAAGAAAAAUAAAGGAAGGGAGAAAAGGUGAAGAAGAUCUUGUGGACAAAGACGAGGUUUUGGAUCGUUUUAACCACCACCAUUGUUGACUGCCGAGAUUUUCUGUCUGUCCCUUUUGGCUUUUUGUUGCUUGUUUUUGGUUGUCCAUGGGAAAUUAAAUAGUCUCAGUUUGUCACUGGGCUGUUGCUUCAGUGUCUCACCUCUCAAAGCUCUUUAAGCAAAGGAGACGUAUUAAUAAAAGUAAUCUUGUUUGCCAAUAUUGGAUGUGUCAUUUCUAAAAUCUUUGCAUGCUGAAUCAUGUCUUAAAGAUAUCUCGCAAACAAUCCGGUAUAUGUGUACUCACUGUCUUAUGGGGAGCAGCUUAGGCAUGACCAUUUUUUGAAUCGCCCAACGAGCCUUGUUACUAUUCUAAUCAUGAAUUCUUAAUGAUGC